UCUGCCUUUCGCCCAAAGUUAGUUGGGAUAGCUCUCCUGUGAACCUUGUGAGGAUAAGCGGCUUGGAUAAUGGAUGGGCGAAUUUUGUUAGGAUCGAGGACUGGAAAGGACGCGUUCUAAAAGUCAGAGUGAGAUCUCAUCUUUUUUGUUUUUUCCUCGGGUGACGCGCUGGUAGCGGAUGGGGGUCUGUCUGCUCUCAGCACAGCGCGUCUGAUAUACAAGCGACGAGAGAGCACCGCAAACCUCUGGAGCGGAUCGGCACCUCUAACACCCAGAUUGAGGACGUAGUGAGAGGGGACUUAAGUUGGCUCAGAACACCAUACUUUCCAGUGAAACAAGGAAGUUGUAGAUCCACAUCCCAAAUGGCAGGCGAGAUGGUGAGCUGGAGAAGUUUGGAGGAGAGGAGUUCAAGGAUGAUGGUGUUAAACGCAGCGCUGAAGUCCACGAACAGGAUCCUUGGGUAGGGUCACGGGUAGUGCUGGAGCCUAUCCCAGCAGUCAACGGGCAGGAGGCAGGGUACACCCAGAACUGGAUGCAAUAUAUUCACCUAGAUGACUGUACACCAAUCCAGCUGAGCAACUCUGUCAUCAAGUUUGCUGAUGAAACCACCGUGGUUGGGCUGGUCUCAAAAAAAGGUCACAGGUCAGUUAAAGCAGAACUGUGAUUGGAUGGAGAUGAUGUCCAUGCAAAUGAAUGAAGCGGAUAGUGUGGUGAAAGUGGCUGAGUGGCAGCAAACCUACUACGCCUCAGACUCUGGCAUCCAAUCAGGAGCCACCACAGUGUGGGAUGAUGACAGUAGUACAGGGUGCAGUGGUAGUAAGAAAUACACCAGCACUACAACCAGUACUACUACCGCACCUGCGACGACCAGUAAUGGACCAGGAGCACCUGAUGAACAAGAAAGUCCCACAGAUUUAGAUGCUCAAUACUCAUUAACCCGGGCCCAGCGCGUAAGGGCAGCCAUGUUUCCAGAGACGCUGGUGGAAGGAGAGGCAGCCAUACCUGUCCAAGCAGAUCCCACACAACAGAGCAACGUGCAAAGACUAGCUGAGCCCUCGCAGUUACUAAAGACAGCCAUAGUUCACCUGAUAAAUUAUCAGGAUGAUGCUGAGCUGGCCACCAGAGCAGUACCAGAGCUCACCAAGCUCCUUGCAGAUGAUGAUCCGGUAGUGGUAAACAAGGCAGCCAUGAUUGUCAACCAACUCACUCGUAAGGAAGCCAGUCGCCGGGUGCUGGUGCAGUCUCCGACCAUGGUUGGAGCUGUGGUUCGUGCUAUGACAAUGACAGUUGACAUGGAAACGGCUCGUUGCACUGCAAGCAUCCUCCACAGUCUGUCACACCAGAGUGAGGGACUGCAGACCAUAUUCAAGUCCGGAGGGAUACCAGCGCUUGUCCGCAUGCUGAGUUCACCUGUGGAGUCAGUUUUAUUCUAUGCCAUAACCACCCUUCACAACCUUCUGCUGCACCAAGAAGGAGCCAAGAUGGCAGUGCGUCUUGCUGAUGGUCUUCAGAGGAUGGUGCCUUUACUGAAGAAGAGCAACCCCAAGUUCCUUGCCAUUACUACAGAUUGUUUGCAGCUUCUGUCUUACGCCAAUCAAGAAAGCAAGCUAAUCAUACUGGCCAAUGGGGGCCCAGAGGGUCUGGUUUUCAUCAUGAGGAACUACAACUAUGAAAAACUGCUAUGGACCACCAGUCGAGUACUCAAAGUAUUGUCGGUGUGUCCGAGCAACAAGCCCGCCAUAGUAGAAGCAGGAGGUAUGCAAGCUUUGGGUCAGCAUCUCACCGGGUCAAGUCAGCGUCUGAUUCAAAAUUGUCUAUGGACACUGCGCAACCUGUCAGAUGCAGCAACCAAGCAAGAAGGUUUAAAUGGUCUGCUGCAAAUAUUAGUCACCCAGCUGGGUUCAGAUGAUGUCAAUAUGCUGACCUGUGCAACAGGCAUCUUGUCCAACCUCACUUGUAACAACUCACGUAACAAGACUCUGGUCACUCAGUUUGGCGGAGUGGAGGCACUGAUCCACGCUGUUCUACGUGCUGGAGAAAAAGAAGACGUUGCAGAGCCAGCAGUUUGCGCCUUACGUCACCUCACAUCGCGCCACCACGAUGCUGAGCUGGCCCAGAAUGCUGUGCGGCUGCACUAUGGUGUCCCUGCAGUGGUCAAGCUGCUGGGACAGCCACACUACUGGCCUGUUAUAAAGGCUACUGUUGGCCUCAUCCGGAACCUUGCGCUGUGCCCAGUUAAUCAAGCACCCCUCAGGGAUGCGGGAACAAUCCCACGAUUGGUGAACCUACUGUUAAAGGCUCACCAGGAUACACAGAGGCAUGCCUCUUCUUCCCAGCAGACAUAUCAGGAUGGUGUCCGUAUGGAGGAGAUAGUAGAGGGCUGCACAGGAGCACUUCACAUUCUGGCUAGAGAUCCAAUUAACAGAGGAGAGAUUGCCAGCAUGCAGACUAUACCACUAUUUGUGCAGCUACUGUACUCGUAUGUGGAGAAUGUGAAACGAGUAGCUGCAGGAGUUUUGUGUGAGUUGGCUCUUGACAAGCAGUCUGCGGAACUCAUCGAUGCAGAGGGUGCGUCAGCACCACUCAUGGAAUUACUGCAUUCCAAUAAUGAGGGAAUUGCCACCUAUGCUGCAGCAGUGCUAUUUCGAAUUUCAGAGGACAAAAGCUCAGACUACAGGAAAAGGGUGUCAGUGGAGCUGACACACUCGCUUUUCAAACAUGACCCUUCUGCCUGGGAAAUGGCUCACGCAGUUCCUUUGGAGUCUACAUACUUGGCUGAUGAGUUAGAUGGCGCAUACCCUCCGUAUGGCUAUGCUGACCUGCCUCUGGACACUCUGCCAUUAGAUCCUGAUCUCCAUGAGUCCUACAUACCUGACAUGACCUAUGACCCAAGACAGACCUACCCUGAACCACUCUAACAG